ACAUUUUUUAUUGAUGGAAUUCCCAACCAAUAAAAAUCACAGAAAAUUAACCGAAAAACAAAUUUCAGUGGGCUCGACGGUAUGAGCUCCGCGCCCGGUUCGGUAUCGCCGCCGCGAGCUCGGAAACCGAAGGAUGAAGAGCUGCCCAGGUUCUUCGACACUAAGGCCAAGAGCAUGUGCUGGGCCAAUGCUGACACAGUGCCCGGCCGCCACCCGGAGCGCUGGCGCAAGGACGCUGCCGGCAACGUCGUCUGCAAACGCUUCUGCAAUUGCCAAGGCUGCCUCUGCUUUGAAUAUGACCACAUCGUCCCCUUUUCCAAAGGUGGUGAGUCUGUAGCAGAGAAUUGCCAGAUUCUGCAGACGAGGGUGAAUAGAUUCAAAUCGGACAAGGAGGGGAUUGAUGAUUCCAUCUUGAAAGGCUACUCUUGUGACAUCAAGUUCACUGACAAGGAGCUCGAUAUCGUUGAAAUGGCUGUCUAUGGAGAUGUUAUAAGGCCAGGAAACCAGUGCCGCUGCAGAACCAUUGCUGAAAUGCUCGGGCAACAAAUAUCCAAAGAUAAAAAGGCUCCGUGCAAGUUGCCCUACGAUGACAGCUCUUCAUAGAAGCGAGGUGUUCAAAAGCACAGAGUUCCAUUCAAAGAAUGUCGACUACUACUUCAACCAACACUUAGACAGCCGACUCGAAUCAAUUCUUGUAACAGCCAUUACAGACCCUAUGAUCUCAUUUCAAUAAAACAGCGAAGACAGCGUGGCAUUUAUCAAUGAAUCAAAACAGCAUUAUGCAUUCUGUGCUGUGAUGAAAAAGUAGGUUCUGUCUGAUUUCUUCGUGGUACGUGCUUGUUUCGAGAUUGAAAGUAGUGUAAACCAUCAGACAUACUUGUCUUCAAUCUCUAGUUGAUUCUUGGAUACAGAUUGAUUAAGGAAAUGUUCAUACUGUGCUAAUUUUGUUGUUUAAACCAGUUGAGAAUACUUCAAUUUAUUAAA